AUUACUUCUCAUACGCCGUGCUCUACUCGUAGCUCCAGGAUUUUCCACAUGAAUUUCGAAACAUGUGCGAAGGGAGUCGUUGAUCAGGUAAUAUCUGGCACUGUAAAACUUGAGGUAAUUACUUUAAAGAACACUUCCCACCCGCUCAAUGAAUCGAUGUCAGGAUGUAAAUCGAAGAGAAUUAAUGGACGAACAAAAUUCGCAAUAAAGGCACUGAAAGAAGAAAAAAUAUUGACGGUGCUAGUUAAUCCGAACGUUGCCACCGUCCAGACUACCAAAGGGUUUGCCGACUACACGUAUUUUUUGCCGAUCACUCCACACUACGUUGAACAGAUAUGGUCAGAAAGGCCAUCCGGCAUCUUGGUAACGUUCGGCGGCCAGACGGCGUUGAAUUGUGCAAUCGAUCUGAACAAUACCGGCGUAUUCGAGAAGUACAACGUGAAGGUUCUUGGGACCCCGAUCGAGACCAUUGUAUGGACGGAAGACCGGGAAGAAUUCACCAAAAAGUUGAUUGAAAUUAACCAACCGGUCGUUCCAUGCCGAGCAGCACAUGAAGCGCUGAACAUGGCUGAGUCUCUUGGUUACCCGGUUCUGGUCCGAUCAGCGUUUUCGCUUGGCGGUCUUAACUCUGGUUUCGCUCAGAACAGUGUUGAACUCGAACGCCUCGCGGCACUGGCGCUGUCCUCUUCAUGCCAGAUUCUGAUCGAUAAAAGUCUGGUGGGAUGGAAAGAAGUAGAAUACGAGGUUAUGAGGGACGCGUACGACAAUUGCGUUACUGUAUGCAAUAUGGAGAACAUCGAUCCCCUCGGCAUUCAUACCGGUGACUCGAUCGUCAUUGCGCCGAGUCAGACGCUGAGCAAUUACGAGUACAAUAUGCUGAGGGAAGCGUCUAUCAGAAUUGUUCGACAUCUCUGUAUCGUCGGUGAAUGUAACGUCCAGUUCGCUUUGGACCCGAACAGCUCAAAGUACUACGUGAUAGAAGUGAACGCCCGGCUGUCACGCAGUUCAGCACUCGCCAGCAAAGCCACAGGCUAUCCUCUUGCAUACGUAGCCACUAAACUUGCCUUAGGCACGCCGCUUACCGGUCUCAAAAAUACGAUCACCAACAAGACGACUGCAUGUUUUGAACCUUCUUUGGACUACUGCGUUAUAAAGGUUCCGCGAUGGGACUUGAGCAAAUUUGCCAGGGUUUCGACCAAGAUCGGAACCGGUAUGAAGUCGGUCGGUGAGGUAAUGGGUAUCGGUCGUUGCUUCGAAGAGGCAUUCCAAAAAGCAUUACGAAUGGUCGACGAGAACGUAGUCGGUUUUGAUCCCCUGUAUCUGAAACUGAAUGACGAUGAUUUGGUCGAACCUACGGAUAAGCGGAUAUUCGUCCUCGCAGCUGCUUUGUAUAAAGGAUAUUCGACGGAGAGAUUGGCUGCGAUGACAAAAAUUGACGCCUGGUUUUUGAACCGCAUGCAGACAAUCAUUAAAAUGCAGCAGUAUUUGGAAAAUCAUACGGUAAAAGUUGCUGAUGUGCUGAACGCGAAGCAGCUCGGAUUUAGCGAUAAGCAAAUCGCUAACUUUGUCAAAAGCACUGAAAUCAACAUACGGAAAAUGCGCCAAAUGAGUGGAAUCACGCCAUUUGUUAAGCAAAUCGACACACUGGCCGCCGAAUGGCCGGCUCAAACAAACUACCUCUAUUUCACAUACAACGGAUGCGAGCACGACGUCGACUUUCCUCCCGACUUCAUCAUUGUUCUUGGCUCUGGUGUCUACCGCAUCGGAAGCAGCGUCGAAUUCGACUGUUGUGCGGUCGGCUGCGUUCAAGAAUUGAGAAGGUUGAGUCACAAUACAAUGCUGAUCAAUUGCAACCCAGAGACUGUUAGCACCGACUACGACGUAUGCGAUCGACUGCUGUUUGAGGAGAUUUCAUUUGAGACCGUAAUGGAUGCGUACGAGUUACAUAAACCUUGCUCAUUAGUGCUGUGCAUGGGUGGACAGUUAUCGAAUAACAUUGCUAUGAAUCUCUAUCACCAAAAUGUAAAAAUUCUCGGCACGUCCCCGGAAUUCAUCGACACGGCGGAAAACCGUUACAAAUUCAGUCGUAUGUUGGACGACAUGAAUUCACAGAAGCCUGAAAUUGAGCACAUUCUACAGCCACAGUGGAAACAGUUGACAACUGUCGAGUCAGCACGAAGGUUCUGCGAGACCGUUGGCUAUCCAUGCUUGGUUCGUCCGUCGUACGUGCUGAGUGGAGCGGCGAUGAACGUUGCGCAUUCGUCACCAGACCUCGAGUCGUACCUUUUGCAAGCCUCCGUCGUGUCGCGCAAUUAUCCGGUUGUCAUUUCGAAGUUCAUCUUAGAAGCGAAGGAAAUCGAUGUCGAUGCAGUCGCAUCCGAUGGUGCAGUGGUUGCCUUCGCCAUCUCAGAACAUGUCGAGAACGCUGGUGUGCAUUCAGGCGACGCGACACUUGUCACACCGCCACAGGAUCUGACUGCAAAGACGAUCGCCGAAAUUAAGUACGUUGUCACCCAAAUUGCCAAGGUGUUGUGCAUCAAUGGACCGUUCAACAUGCAGUUGAUCGCCAAGGUUAACAAGCUGCAGGUGAUCGAGUGCAACCUUCGCGCCUCCCGCUCGUUUCCUUUCGUUUCGAAGGCUUUGGACUACGACUUCAUUGCAGUAGCGACGCGAGUGUUGCUGCGGACGCCUAUGACUGCACCUGCCACCCUCAUGGUCGGCAUCGGAAAAGUGGCCGUUAAGGUGCCUCAGUUUUCGUUUGCACGCUUAUCAGGAGCCGAGGUGAUGCUCGGCGUUGAGAUGACAUCAACGGGCGAAGUGGCGUGCUUUGGUGACGACCGAUACGAAGCGUAUUUGAAAGCGAUGAUUAGCGCGGGGUUUCGCAUCCCAAAACAAACGAUAUUUGUGUCCAUCGGUGGUUUGAAGCAAAAGUACGAAAUGUUGAACAGCAUCAAGUAUUUGGAUAUGGGCACGGCGGACUUUUAUGCGGAACACGGCAUUUCGAUGACUCCAGUUGAAUGGCAGUUCGACGAAGGCGGUCCUGCGGGUGGCAAGAUUGCGCAGGGCUUCAAAUCGAUCGCUCACUACAUCUCCAAAAAGCAGUUCGAUAUGGUGAUCAAUAUUCCGAUGCGCGGCGCUGGCUCAUAUCGAGUAUCUACGUUCAUAACGCCGGGCUAUCAAACUCGUCGCAUGGCCAUCGACAAUGGUAUCCCGUUGGUUACCGAUAUAAAAUGCGCCAAACUCUUGAUUGAGACAAAACCUAAUGUUGACUGCAUUAGUGGUCACAAAAUCAUCAGACUUCCUGGUCUGAUCGAUAUUCACACUCACAUGCGAGACCCUGGUGACACGGACAAGGAAGACUGGUACACCGGUACUUGUGCCGCGCUGGCUGGCGGGAUAACCAUGGUGUUAGCAAUGCCAAACACAAAGCCAGCGGCCAUUGAUUUGUCGACAAUCACCAUGAUUGAUAAAUUGGCUUCUGAUCAGGCGUGUUGCGAUUUUGGUCUGUACGCUGGCGCUACAGAUUCGAACUAUGAUCGGGUCUCUGAUCUAGUGCCUAUUUCGGUCGGCCUGAAGAUGUUCCUGAACGAUACGUUUUCCGCCCUUCGACUGUCUGAUUGCACAGUAUGGAUGAAACACUUUCAAAACUGGCCGGUCGACUUCCCGAUCGUCGUGCAUGCAGAAGACCAGACAGUGGCUGCCGUCAUCGCGCUGACGUACAUCUGUAAGCGACCCGUUCAUAUUUGUCACGUGUCAAGCAAGGAAGAAAUUCUGAUAAUCAAAGCGGCAAAAGAAAGAAACCUACCGGUGACGUGCGAGGUGGCACCGCAUCAUCUCUUCCUUAACUCCGCGAUGUCGACCGGCAAUUUUGCAACCGUUAAGCCGUCACUGAAGACCGAGCAGGAUUGUAAGGCACUAUGGGAUAAUCUCGACGUUAUCGACUGUUUUGCAUCUGACCACGCGCCGCACCUGCCGUCAGACAAACAGACUGGAAUUUGUCCAGGAUUUCCGGGGCUUGAAACAAUGCUUCCUUUGUUGCUGAACGCUGUCACCGAGGGCUACUUGACUAUCGAGGACAUUGUUUUGCGCAUGUACGACAACCCUAGAAAGAUAUUUCAUCUUCCAGCACAAGAAAACACGUACGUUGAAGUUGAUCUGGAUCAAUGUUGGAAGGUUCCUGGUCAGAUGAAGUACAGCAAAGCGGGUUGGACUCCGUUCAGUCAAAUGCGCCUUUAUGGCACUGUUCGACGAGUUCUCCUUCGAGGCGAGGAAGUUUUCGUCGACGGAAAAAUACUCGUGAAACCUGGUUUCGGACGAAACGUUAAAUCGAUGGUCAUCGAUGGCCAGAAGCCUGUCAACGCAUCAGAGGUGAUGGUAAAGGAGAAAAAAUUCAGUCCAGUCAAAAGUUUAUUUAAACAAAUCCCAACGUCAGAAUGUACGACGCAGCAACGCUGUCUAGGGCAGUUGAUGGCGUGUGCGUUUUACGAGGCAAGUACAAGGACACUGAAUUCCUUCGCCGCUGCCAUGCAACGUCUCGGCGGCUCAGUCAUAUACAUGAAUAGUGAGACGUCGUCCGUACGAAAGGGCGAGACGUUAGAAGAUACCAUCAGGAUUUUGUCAGGCUAUUCGAACCUCAUUGUUAUUCGUCAUCCAGAGCCGGGCACGGCUGAACGUGCCGCGUUGGUCAGCAAGCAGCCGGUGAUCAAUGCUGGCGACGGAACGGGCGAGCAUCCGUCGCAGGCACUGUUGGAUGUGUUUACGAUCCGUGAGGAGAUCGGUACCGUGAACGGUCUUACGGUGACGAUGGUCGGUGAUCUGAGGAAUAGUCGAACCGUGCAUUCGUUGGCAAAAUUGUUGUGCCUGUACGACGUGUCGUUGAGAUACGUAUCCCCCACUGGCCUGGAGAUGCCUUCCCAUAUCACUAAUUACGUCGGUUCUCGGGGUAUAGCCGUUUUACGUCUGAUCCGUAACCCUGUAAUCGGUACCGAUGUCCUUUAUGUUACCCGCAUUCAGAAGGAACGCUUUGUAAAUAUGGACGAGUACAACCGGGUGUUCGGCAACUACAUCGUCGACCCUGAGCUGAUGCGCAAUGCCAAAGAGAAAAUGAUCGUCAUGCACCCGUUGCCGAGAAUCAAUGAAAUCACCCUUGAAUUCGACUCUGAUCCGAGAGCUGCCUAUUUUCGUCAAGCUCAGUAUGGCAUGUACGUUCGUAUGGCGUUGAUAAGCGCAGUUGCUUGGUCGGGAGUAAACGAGUUACCCUGA